AUGGCGCCCGAAGACAGCGAACACACGGCCUUCCUCACCGACCAAGGGGUGUACUACUAUAAGGUCAUGCCGUUCGGGUUGAAGAACGCCGGGGCCACGUACCAGAGGACGGUGAACAAAAUGUUCGCCCAUCAGAUCGGUAGGAACAUGGAAGUAUACAUGGACGACAUGAUCGUGAAAAGCCAAAAGACCGAAGCCCAUAUUGCCGACCUGGCCGAGGCGUUCGACACGCUACGCAAGUUCGGCAUGUGGCUCAACCCCACAAAAUGCGCCUUCGGUGUCACCUCCGGGAAAUUCCUCGGGUUCAUUAUACAUGAAAGGGGAAUUGACGCCAACCCGGAGAAAGUCCAAGCGAUCAUCAACAUGCAGUCACCCCGGACGGUCAAAGACCUGCAGCGGCUGAACGGAAGGAUUGUUGCCAUGUCCCGUUUCCUUGCCCGGUUGGGGGAUCGCUGCCUCCCUUUCUUCAGGGCGCUCAAGGACCCAAAAAACUUCCGGUGGACGACGGAGUGCGAAGAAGCCUUCAAACAGGUAAAGCAGCGCCUAGCGAACCUCCCCCGGCUCGCCUCUGUUUCUCUCGGCGAAAAGCUGGGCCUCUAUCUAGCGGCCUCCCCCCAUGCAGUCAGUUCCGUCCUGAUUAAAGAGAGCUCGGGCGAACAGCUUCCGAUCUACUACGUUAGCCACAUCCUAAGCAGACCCGAGGGGCGCUACCCGCCGAUAGAGAAACUCGCGCUCGCUCUGGUGCUGUCGACUCGGAAGUUGCACCCCUACUUCCAGGCUCACCCAGUUGAAGUCAUCACCGACCAACCCAUUCGGCAGGUUCUAUCUAAGUUCGAUGUUGCAGGUCGGCUCCUCAAGUGGGCAGUAGAGCUAGGCGAGCAUGAUAUAAGGUACGUGCCCAGGACUGCCAUUAAAGCCCAGGCGGUGGCCGACUUCAUCGUGGAGCUAACCCAGGCGACAAGCGAGGAUCUAGAGCAGCCUCCUGAGGCUUGGCUCCUACAUGUGGACGGUUCGUCCAGCUCAAAGGGCGCCGGCGCGGGACUGGUUCUGCUCGCCCCCGACGGCCGCUCGUUCGAACGCUCCCUCCGCUUCGGGUUCAAGGCCACUAACAAUGAAGCGGAAUACGAAGCGCUCCUAGCAGGACUCAGGCUGGCUCUCGAGAUGCAGGUGGCCGCUGUACACGUCCUCACUGACUCACAGCUGGUGGCCGAGCAGCUCAGCGGCGCGUAUGAGGCUCGGGACCCAACCAUGGCGAAAUACCUGGCGCAGGUAAGGGACCUGACUGCUAAGUUCCCUUAUUUCACACUAUCCAAUGUCCCGAGGGAGGAGAACGGGCGGGCUGACGCAUUAGCUAAGCUGGCGUCGAAACCGACCAGCGAAACAUGCCCAAAGAUCGAGGAACUUCCUGCCCGCGCCAUCGAAGUAGCAGUUACGGCCCUCGGCAAUGCCCCGAUCACGUGGGUACAGGAGCUGCUGCGCUUCAAGCGGGACGGGACCCUUCCCCACGACGAAGUAGCGGCUCGGCGACUGCGCCGUACACACGCGUGGUACGCCGAAGAAGGUGGCCGGCUCUAUAGGCGAUCCUUCACCUAUCCCCUCUUACGAUGCCUAGAGCCGGAUGAGGCCCGGACGGUCCUCGCCGAAGUCCACGAGGGGGUCUGCGGAGAGCACAGCGGAGGGCGAACCUUGGCGCACAAAUUGCUUCGCCAGGGGUACUACUGGCCGAGCAUGUGCCGGGACGCAAAAGCCUACGCGCAGCGUUGCGGCGCAUGUCAAGAACACGCCCGCACACCCCGACAGCCCGCGGUCCCUCUCAACCCCGUCACGUGCGCGUGGCCGUUCGCGCAGUGGGGGUUAGACCUCCUCGGCCCUUUCCCGCCGGCUUCGGGGCAGCGGAAAUAUAUCAUCGUGGGAGUAGAUUACUUCACAAAAGUGGGUCGAGGCCGAGCCAUUGGCGACAGUCACGGAGCACCAAAUGGAGAAGUUCGUAGAAGGUUCAGGAAGUUCUGCGCAAGUCAUGGCAUCCAGCUAAGGUUCAGCUCGGUAGCACACCCUCAGACAAACGGACUAGCAGAGGUGACCAAUCGAUCCAUCUUUGACGGACUCAAAAGAAGGGUGUCCGCGGCCUGGUCCUCCUGGACCGAUGAACUCCCUAGCGUCCUAUGGUCACUACGCACCACGCCCAAGACCGCAACUGGGGAAUCCCCGUACAGCCUGACGUUCGGAACCGAGGCUGUCCUUCCACCCGAGAUGACCAUCUCCACCCUCCGAACGAGGAACUUCGUCGAGGAAGUUUCGAACGAAGGACUUCGCGCCAGCCUCGACAUGCUCGAGGAACGACGUGCGGACGCACACCUGAAGGCCCUCUCUUACCAGAGAGCCGUCGCAAGGGUCUACAACAGGAAGGUACGACCUCGACUGAUAAAGUUAGACGACCUGGUCCUCCGAAGGACCAAGGUCAGCAACCCAACCCGAGCCAGGGGGAAGCUAGCCCCCAAAUGGGAAAGACCUUAUCGGGUCGUAGAGGUAGUCUGGCCGGGUACUUACCGACUCACAUCGAUGGACGGUUCUCCCGUACCGAGAACCUGGAACAUCGGGAACCUCAAGAAGUUUUUCGUCUGA